AUGUCACGUCGACGCGCCGUCAAUGCGGCGCGGAGUUGCGGCAGGCGUGCCGCGGCGGCGUGCGCGCGCAUCGCGCCCCAGCGCCAAUACCCCGCCACUAGCCGGCGAGCGCGCGCCACUUCCUAUCGACGCUUCCGAGGAGUCGCGAGUGCUCGAGACCGAGUUUUCAUAUGCCGAGCUCGCGCGCGGGCCGGUAGUGCGGGAAUGGGCGCGCCGUGGGCCGCGACGGGC